AUGUUGCGCGAGGAUAAGGUGACCGCGUAUCCAGAAUGCCGCUUGACCAAGAAGGGGAGAGAAUACGUCGGGAAGGUGAACAAAACAGAAACUGGGAAGGAGUGCCUCAGGUGGGACUCCCAUCCGUAUGAGAAACCAGUUGAUGCCAGCGACGAAACAGGAAAUAUGGAAUACUUCGUGAACGGGGAUAUCUGGUCUCACAAGAACUAUUGCCGAAAUCCGUCUGCGAAGGAGAGACCUUGGUGUUUUGUUGCCGACUCCAGCGUCGUUUGGGAAUACUGUGAUAUCCCAAUGUGCCCCGAAAGAACAUACGAGUGCGACACCCGUCUGCGUUUCCUCCGAGUAGAGACGCCAGAGUGCAAGGUCACUCAACAAGGAGGGGAAUACGUGGGGAAGAAUAACGCCACCAUCUCGGGUUCCCCGUGUCUGUCCUGGUCGAGUGAGCGUGUCAUGGACUUCUUAGCUUCCUCUUUGUUCUCCGACGGAGAUGAGAUGGACGAGCAGCACAACUUCUGUCGGAAUCCAGAUGGGAAAGCGGCUCCAUGGUGCAUGAAAUUGGGGCGGAAGUGGGAGUUCUGCGAUGUCCCCUUCUGUCCCAUCCAGAAUUCCGAUCCAUGCCAGGAAUUGGAAUCCCAAACAGGAGAAAAGUCAGUGUAUCCAGAAUGCCGACUGACGGAGAAGGGAAGGGAAUACGUGGGGAAAAAGGCAAACACGGAGACAGGAAAGACUUGCCUUCGAUGGGAUGAAAACCCCUACGGCAAACCUUGGGAUUUCUUCGAUCAAACGAAACUCUACGAAGAACUCUUCAUCAAUCAGAAUCCUUCGUUUCACAAAAAUUAUUGCCGGAACCCAGGGAUAUACAGAGAAAGACCUUGGUGCUUCGUCUCCGAUCCCGUGAUCCAAUGGGAAUACUGUGACAUCCCUCUCUGCAAGGAUCGCACUCCCCGAGAAUGCAAGCUGACGGCGAUGGGAGGAGAAUACGUGGGAAAGCAGAAUACGACGAUUUCGGGAUUCCCGUGUCAACGUUGGUUAACCUCGGUUCCUCGGAGUCACAGCCAAUGGAAUUUGUUGUCUGCAUUUCCCGACGAACUGGACGGGAGUCACAAUUUCUGUCGGAAUCCAACAGAAGGCUUCGGGGGUCCGUGGUGUUACUCCUACGAUUCUCCAAACGGAUGGGAAUAUUGCAACGUUCCGUUCUGUCCACUGUCUGACGGCAGGAACUGCACUAUUCGAAUUGCGAAUAGAUGCAUCACGCCACUUGAAUGUAAGGAGACAACGAUAGGAAUGGAAUACAAGGGAACGAAGAACGUGACCGUCUCGGGCCUCCCUUGUCAGCCGUGGUUGAGCCAUACGCCAAACAAGCUCAGCGAUAAUAAAUUUUUACAGUAUUUUCCGGAUGAAAUGCACCCUUCCCACAACUUCUGUCGAAAUCCUGAUGGCUACGCUGGAGGUCCUUGGUGCUACAACGGAUUGGGAAGAAAUCCCAGAUGGGAAGCCUGUGAUAUCAAACUCUGCCAAAAUGAUUGA